CUGUCCAGAGGUUCCGCAAAUCAAUGUCUUUCUGGAAAAAGUGGAGAAUCUCUUCCAGCAGUAUUCGAGAGCAAUGUGCAGGAAGCCAUCGACAGUUAUACUUGUGAAACGCUUUCAUCACUUUCAACUAGUGGUCGUACAACACCCACAGAGUUGAAUAAUUCUUGGUCUGGAAUAAAGAGCUAUACUACUGGUUUGUCUACUGAAAGAAGUUCAGUUUACUCCUGGAGGGAUGAUGAAUUUGAUAAAGCCAACACACAGAGAGUGCAUCAGUUAUUUUGGGAGAUUGAUGAAAUGCUGUUCGAAGGAAAAGUGACCUCCCAAACUCAGAGCCUGCAGGCAGAAUGUACAGACUGGGUUGAACGAUUUCCUCAUCUAAGGGUUCUAGGAAAGCAGGUCCUAUUGCCGAAGGAUGAAGGCUUUCAGCAUUUUCAGAGCAGAAGUGAUACCUCUGUGGAUACUAAGUGCUUACCUGGCCUCCAUGAAUGUACUAGUAAUAUAAAAGAGCUCUGCAUUUCAGGCUCUAAACUGAUCCCAACAGCAUCUCCAAUACAUAAAUCACUAGAUUCAAGUUCCACUAGGAUUUCUGCCUCUGACUCAUCUGUGUAUUCAUUCCUGGAAGAAGAAAUCUAUGAUGUGGAUGGAAAAAUAGAAGAAUAUCUUGCCUUUGACAACAAGGAGCUUGAUGAUGAGAGUUGGGAACAAAAGAAAAUGCGUCUCGCUGAGAAGAGGAGUAAGCGUGGCAUUCCCCCUGUUUCUCCCAAUGCCUGUAUCAAAGAUGCCGUGGCUUCUGAAAUAUUUGAUUGUAUCUGGAGCAAUGUAACUGGAAUAUUGGAGGAACUGAUUAAAAAAAAUUGGGAAACUAGUAUCACAGAGGGUGACAAACAGGUGGAAAAACUGAAAGCUGUUAGAGCAAAACUGCCACAUUUGCCAGUUGUUCGUAUUACAGCAGAUGCUGGGAGCGUUCCUCUUUCCAGAGGCUCUGAAGCACGAAGUGUAUCUUUCGGGUCUCAUUUCGUUUCCUCACAGGUUCACCGUUUCUGCAGCAACUUCUGUAGUGAUUUGAAUGGUGUGAUGACAAUUCAAGCAAAACCUCUCCAACAGAGGCAUGUUGCCACAGUAGAAAAAAUACUGAAUGAGGAAGAAGACAAACAGCGUAGCAUUGGCUCCAGUGCUCCAAAUUCAGUGCACGCUAGGUUGGGGAGAAUUGCUGAUAACAGUGUUCUCUCAUCAUCUCGGGUACUGCUGGCAUCUUCUAGGAAGCUACCAAGCCAUCGUAGGUUACCUUCUCUCACUUCUGACCAACUCUUCUCAAAAGCUCCUAAUAUGUACAAUGAUGAAAUCCUUAGGGGGACUAAAUUGGGUGCCAGCUCGGAUCGUUUAUCUUCUGCUCAUGCACCUACAACCCGGAACAAGUUACCACCAAUAAACUCAGAAGCUGUUGAACAAUAUCUUUCAGUACCUCGAUUGCAACAGAGCUCUCAUCGAGGUCGAUAUGCUCAUAGCAGAGUGUCAAGUGCAGUGCCUGGCAGUACAGAGCAACGGCCACUCAGAGAAAGAACUAUUAUUAUUGAUCAAUUUUCAAGGCCCAACACAACUCAUACAUUCAGGACAGAUACACCUCAGAAAAGAUCAUUGACUCCCAUGGAUUUUGCUAACCACAAAGGGACAGGUCAAGGAUUUUUAAUAGACGUUGACAAAAUGCAGAGAAACGAUGGCAAAAUGUGGCAUUUCACGGCAACCGAGAUCUUACGUUAUGGACUAAAUAAAAAGAUGUAUAUGCACCGAUUUGGUUCUGGCCAUGAUAAAACAGCAGCUGCUGUGAACUGGGCCCUGUACUUACUUGGACAUAGUCCUGAAGCCCAGAAGAAGGUUCACAGAGAACUGGAUGAGGUGUUUGGAGGAUAUCAAGUACCAAAAGGCACAAAUAUUCUUGUCAUAACUUACGCCCUGCACAGAGACCCCGAGAUCUUCCCUGAUCUGGAGGAGUUCAGGCCUGAGCGAUUCUUCCCUGAAAAUU